UUUCUGGCUUUUGUUUUCAGAACUGUGUCUGCAAAGCAAAAAGCUCCUGCUACUGUGAUAGAACAAAAGGUAAUAAGGGUGAGAAGGGCUUUCCUGGUGCUCAAGGUCCACCUGGGAUAAUAGGUUUUCCUGGCCCUGAGGGGCCUCCAGGGCCACAGGGACCCAAGGGUUCUCCAGGGCUUAUGGGUUUUCCUGGACAUAAAGGUGUAAGGGGAAAGCCAGGAUUACCUGGUUUUUCAGGUUCCCCAGGCCUUCCUGGUGAACCAGGAAAGGCCGGUCCUCCUGGACAACCAGGUAUUCCAGGAUGUGAUGGCGUAAAGGGUGAACAAGGAUUUCCAGGGCUCCUAGGGAGAAAAGGUGAUCCAGGCAGGCCAGGUGUUGAUGGCAUUAAAGGAGAAAAGGGAUGUCCUCCAAGUGUAUAUGAUGAAGGUGAUGAUGCAAAGGGUGCCCCAGGAAUACCAGGAAUACCUGGGGUUCAGGGUGAUCCAGGUCCACAAGGAUUACAAGGGCCAUUUGGACCACAGGGCCCUCAGGGAAUUCCAGGUAUUCGCGGGAGAGUGGGACCUCCAGGACCUAAGGGUCUCAUGGGGGCUAAAGUCAUAGGCACUAAAGGACAAAAGGGGGACACUGGUUUAACAGGGCCCCCUGGGCCACCAGGAACAGUUAUUGUGACAUUAAGUCAACCAAAUAAUAUGACGGACUUAAAAGGAGAGAAAGGAGAGAAAGGAUCAAGGGGACUGCCAGGACAAGUCGGGUCACCAGGUUUCCCUGGAGAUUCUCAGAGUGAACAAGGUGAUUUGGGAGAACCUGGCCCACAGGGUAAACCUGGAAAAGAUGGUCACCCAGGUCCUCCUGGCUUUCAGGGAGAGAAGGGUGAGCAGGGUGAACUAGGAAUUCCUGGGGGAAGAGGCCCUAAGGGGAUGAAAGGAAACAUUGGCCCACCAGGACUUUGUGGUCCAACAGAGUAUUAUGAUCUACAGCCUGGUGAAAAAGGAGAUGAAGGACCCCGCGGUCUCCCAGGAUCUAAAGGACAACCUGGUGCACCAGGGCCAAGAGGUCACCCAGGUGGGACAGGCAGACCAGGUAUAUCAAGUCCUGGCCCAAGGGGUCCUUAUGGAUUUCCAGGGCCUAAAGGAAAGAAGGGAGAGCAAGGACAACCAGGCAUCAACGUUGUAGGACCUCCAGGACUUUCUGGGUUACCAGGAACACCUGGCUCUGUAGGACCGCCAGGUCCUCCAGGACAACCAGGUGAAGUAAUGUUUGAAAGAGGCCCACCAGGAAUCCCUGGAAACCCAGGCUAUGUGGGACCACCAGGACUUCCAGGACCUCGUGGGAUGAAAGGUGAAGAUAUAUGUGCAUGUACUGACUGCACCUAUAUUCCUGGACCUUCAGGACCUUCUGGUGCCCCAGGACCAGAUGGUGCACCAGGAACUAGAGGUGGAGAAGGACUACCAGGCCCCAAAGGUUCUCAAGGUUCUCCAGGGACACAGGGGCCUCCAGGUCUUCAAGGGUAUCCAGGUCUUCCAGGAGAUCAAGGGACUAAAGGACCAAAAGGUGAACCAGGACACAUUCAUCCAGAAGGGCAGCAAGGCAAUCAAGGUAAUCCUGGAUUGAGAGGAUAUCCAGGGAAGAAAGGUGCAGAUGGAUUUCAUGGCAGACCUGGUAGAAAAGGCUCAAAAGGUUCUAAAGGCGAAGAGGCACAGCAUAGUUCAAAAGGUGACAGAGGGCCACCAGGACCAUCCGGUAGUCCAGGUCCUUCUGGAGAUAUAGGUCUUCAUGGAUACCCGGGAUAUGGACCACCAGGAAUUACAGGUCCCAAAGGCAUAAGAGGAACACCUGGUUUGCCGGGAUUGCCUGGAGGAAAUGGUCCAAAAGGAGAACCUGGUACAAUAAAUAGAAUACCUGGACCACCAGGACUUCGGGGACCUGAUGGUUCACCUGGACCACCAGGAGCAAAAGGUCACCUGGGAUCUAGAGGACAAAGAGGCAAUCCAGGAUUUCCAGGGCCAAAAGGUGAUCAAGGUUUUCCUGGGAUUGGAUUUCCAGGAAACCUUGGUCCAAAAGGAAGUAAAGGGCUUCCAGGGCCAAAGGGAUCACCAGGUUGCUUAAAAAAUGGAGAAGCAGGCUUACCUGGAAGCUCAGGAUUUCCAGGAGAAAAGGGAGACCCAGGACCAAGUAUUCCCGGAGAGCCAGGUAGAUUAGGUGCACCAGGAACAAAUGGCCUUCCAGGAGCAAAAGGUGAAAAUGGACUUCUAGGAUUUCCAGGUGUACCAGGACAUCCAGGACGUGAAGGCAUUGAUGGCCUCCCAGGAGAACCUGGCUUUCCUGGAGCUCCUGGAGAUGAUGGCCCCCCAGGGAAGCCAGGUGAUUGUCAUAAUGGUUCACCAGGUCCCCCAGGUCGACAGGGAGCACCAGGCCGACAAGGAGACAGAGGUAUACAAGGAGCAAAAGGAGAUCGAGGUAUUUCUGGUAUGAGUUACCCAGGAUUCCCUGGAGAACCCGGGUUCCCUGGAUUACCAGGUCCUAAAGGAGCUGUGGGAUCACCUGGUCUCAAGGGUUUAACUGGAAGACCUGGUAAUCCAGGGACAGUAGGUCAAACAGGAGAACCAGGUGUCAUGGGUGAUUUAGGAAUUCAUGGACCUCCUGGCAUCUUUGGAAAUCCAGGUACCCCAGGAAACAGAGGUUCUCAUGGUCUUCCAGGACCAAAAGGAGCAAAAGGGUCUUUGGGGGAAAAAGGCAAAAAAGGUGAUAAAGGAUUCCUUGGCCCAGUGUUGAGUAGAAUAAGUGUUGGGGAUAAAGGAGAACCAGGAUCAAAAGGAUCUCCAGGAAGAGCAGGUCUAAGAGGAAUAAGAGGAUCAGAAGGUGUACAAGGAUCAGCAGGUGACCCUGGGACACAGGGAAUACCUGCUCCACCAGGUUCUAAAGGAUUACCUGGUCUGCCAGGAUUUCAUGGAAAACAAGGGUUACCGGGAGCUCCAGGAGAGAGAGGGGAUAUUGGCAUGCCAGGUUCAAAGGGAGAGAGUGGAUCUCCAGGUUCUCCUGGACCAAAAGGUUUCAUAGGCCUGCCAGGCAUUGAUGGUGUUCUUGGUGACAAAGGAGAACCAAGUUAUCCUGAAUUUGGGCCUCCAGGAAGACCAGGACCCAAGGGUGGCCCAGGCUUCCCAGGGAUACAAGGAACAAAAGGUAAAAGAGGAUUGCAAGGACAGCCAGGCCCUGUAGGAGACCCUGGGCUACCUGGAAGCAGAGGGGAUUUUGGAAGACCAGGAACUCCAGGGCUACCUGGACAUGCUGGAGAGUCUGGCGCUAAAGGAUACAAAGGGAAACCAGGAGAGAGAGGCACUGGCGGCCUUCCAGGUGCAGUCGGAUCCCCUGGAGCUGAUGGACCUGUUGGUGAAAGGGGCAGCCAAGGACAUGAUGGUUUCCCUGGCUCUCCAGGGGAAAAGGGAGAAUCAGGAGCUCUUGGCCUAGGGGUACCUGGUCCACAAGGUCUUCCUGGUCCUAAAGGAAGCAAAGGUGGCAGGGGGCUGCCUGGUUUUCCUGGACUUCCAGGUACUAAAGGUCUAAUGGGUGAACAAGGACCAGCUGGACCUUCUGGGUUGAAUGGACCCCCAGGACUCCCAGGUGUACCUGGUGAAAUGAUUACUGGCCAGAAAGGAAAUAAAGGUAUUGCUGGCAUAGAUGGAAAACCAGGUCUGCCUGGUAUGCCUGGACCUCCUGGCCUCACUAUCUACAGAAGAGGAGACAGAGGUGAUAGAGGGGCAGAAGGUAUCCCAGGUCCACCAGGACCAACAGGUGAUACUGGUCCUCCAGGUCCAAUAGGAAUUAAUGGUGUGCCAGGCCACCCAGGUCCUGCAGGUGAUAUUGGCUUUCCAGGAUUUCCAGGUGUAAAAGGAGAAAAAGGCAAUCAAGGACCAGUUGGACCAACAGGUAAACCAGGACCAAGAGGACCAAAGGGCCCACCUGGUCACCCUGGAAUGAACAGGAAAAGGAUGUGUACACCAGGAGAGAGAGGACCUCCUGGAUCACCUGGCAACCCAGGAAUACCAGGAGACAAAGGACAUCAAGGGGUGCCUGGACUACCAGGAUGUCAAGGUGUGAAAGGUCGACCAGGCAGUCAUGGAAGUCCAGGUCUACCUGGACCACUUGGUCUAAAAGGAGACAAAGGAUUUAAAGGAGACACAGGACAACCUGGGCUCAUUGGCUUUCCAGGCCUACCAGGCAUACCUGGAUACCCAGGUGCUUUCAUCCCUAGCUCAGCAAGAAGAGGGUUCAUCUUUACCCGACACAGCCAGUCAACAAUGAUGCCUUCUUGUCCAUCUGGAACAUCUCACCUCUAUAGCGGUUAUUCUCUGCUUUCUGUACAAGGAAAUGAGCGAGCACAUGGACAGGACCUUGGAACAGCUGGUAGCUGCCUGCAGAGAUUUACCACUAUGCCAUUUUUAUUCUGUAACACCAACAAGAUUUGCAAUUUUGCUUCUCGCAAUGACUACUCAUAUUGGCUGUCUACUGCAGCAGCAAUGCCACCAGACAUGGCACCAGUUUCUGGCAGAGCUUUGGAGCCAUAUAUUAGCAGGUGUAUUGUCUGUGAAGGACCUGCAAUGGUAAUAGCAAUUCAUAGUCAAACAACUGCAGUUCCUUUGUGUCCUGAUGGCUGGAUUUCUCUCUGGAAGGGUUUUUCCUUUGUUAUGUAUACAGGUGCUGGCUCAGAAGCUUCUGGUCAAGCAUUGGCAUCUCCUGGGUCUUGCUUGGAAGAAUUCCGAGCCGUUCCAUUCAUAGAGUGCCAUAGUAGAGGGACUUGCAAUUACUAUGCCAAUUCCUACAGCUUUUGGUUGGCUUCACUGGAUCCAAGAAGAAUGUUCAGGAAACCUUUACCACAGACUAUGAAAUCAGGAGAACUGGAAAACAUCAUCAGCCGCUGUCAGGUUUGCAUGAAAUCAGACUGAAAGUCAGACUGUCUUGAUAAAGCAUAAAACUGUGCUUUUGGGCACUGACAGAAGUGACAUUUGUCAUGCAAUCGGCCCCUUGAAAGCGCUCUACAGUUAUGUCCUGAUAGAAGUGCAUGGUUGCAGAGUGCUUGAAAAAUUCCCAAUCAUGCAACAAAUUAACCCUUGUUACAUGAGGGUUCAGAUGAAGAUGCUCCGAAGUGGAUCACCUUCAUUAGCUUCUGUCUGAUUGUGGCUGGGUUGAUGCAGCCCAGCCCUACCCCACCCCUGGUGUUCUCUGCAUGAUGGAAAAGGGAGAAGGGAGGGGAAAG